CCGCCAGCAGAGACUGACAAAGAGAGAUAAGAUUCCUGACCGUUUACAGUCAUGACGAGAAGAAACCGGCCAUUUAUACACGUCGUUGAUCUAAACAAGGAGAACAUUCAGGAGACAAUGCUCAAUCCAAUUGAUAUUGGCAGUCCAGAAAUCUACAGGAAGAAUGGGAAACUGUAUAGAUUAAAGGGGAAUUCAACUCGUGAACCCUGCAAGAAGAUGGGGUUGCACGGAUCUGUAAAAAAUUCCAGUACUGAAAUUGGAACAAAGCGACCUCGACCCUUGACUUCAAUGACUGACAAAGAGCGUUUGUGGUUCUCCGCUCAAUAUAAAAAUAAUUUCCAAUCUCCAACAACACAAUCAUCCCCAUUUCUUCCGUCUUUUUGUUACCCGAUAAAGAUAACAUCGCAGCGAAGUCAAAAGCACGUGAAACGGUCAAAGAGUGAGACCAACAUCAUGACAAAAGCAGAUACCUCCGACCUUUUGAUUUUUGAAGAAAAAUAUUUAACGAAUAAGCACAUCAAUAUUAUGAACAUUGAAGGGAAAAAUGACUUUAUGACAGAAAAGAAUGCAAAAGAUUCCUCGGGAUUGAAGACACACCUUUUUGAACGUAGGAAGUCAAAUGAAAGAACCGAAUCUGUUAACACUGAAUCGUCUGUGGAUGAGUUUGAACAACAAAAUAGGAAAAUAAGUGAAACAGAAUAUGCAAUUUACGACUCGAGUAACAGUGGCCCACGAAUUGUCAGGAUGAAACACGAUAUAAACUUUACGUCCUCGAAGUUAACAGACGACAAUGAGGGCGAAGUGUUCAUGGAUCGUGGAUUUCAGGAUGUUGAUUUGUCUUUGGACCCAAGAACACUAAACCUGUCUUUAGAUGAUGUUGGUGUUUAUUGAAUACAUAAAUAAAAACAUAUGUAAGAUCAAUAUGUUGUUUCCCCUUUUCUCAUAGUAAGCAUUUAAAACUAUGUAAUUUACUGGUGAUAAUAUUUGGUUUAUAACAUGGUUUUAAAAAAUUAACGAAAUAAAACCCCGACAAAAUAUU